AGACCAGGACCGUCUCUGUGGCGGCUGUCAACGGCCCCAAGAGUGUGGUGGUGUCUGGCAAGCGGGGCGAGGUCGAGGCCGUGAUGAAGGCGCUCAACGUGGGGGGCCGUUACAAGCUCCUCAAAGUGUCACAUGCCUUCCACUCGCCGCUGAUGGCCGAAACGGUGGCCCCCUUCCAGCAGGUGCUGUCGACCGUGGACCUCAAGACGCCCAAGAUCCCCCUAGUGUCCAACGUCAGCGGCAAGGUGGCCGGCGACGAGGUCGUGAGGGGCGAGUACUGGGCAAAUCACAUCACCCACCCAGUCCGCUUCAUGGACGGCAUGCGAGCCAUGGUCGAGGCGGGAGCACGGGUGAUUGUGGAGGCCGGCCCGCGCCCGACACUCAUCGGAAUGGGCAAGCAGUGCGUGCGGGAGGUUGUCCAAGAGAUGGACCUGCAUUGGCUGGCGCCUAUGGACCCCGCCAAGGACGAUCAGGACGGUGUCAGCCUGACGGUCGCGACGUGCCUCGCCAAGCUCAAGGGCACUCACCAGUGGAACCACCAGAGCUUUCCGUGGGUCGAGGCGGCCCAUCCUGCGCUCGGUCGCCGGCACACGACCCCGACCGGCCUGACCUUCGAAGCCAGCCUGCGACAAGACCUCAAGGCGCUCAUCGAGGACAAUGUCGUGCUCGGUAUGCCACACACACCUCUUUGCUGGAAGCACACAUCAUGUGGCUGGCUGUGUUUCCAUGUAUGUCUUGAUUUGACGUGUCCACAGGCGUGCCGUUGAUGCCGGCCGCAGGGUGGAUUGACAUCCUGGGCAGUGCAGGCCUGGCAGCUGCGCAGGUGGAAAGGGGCACCAAGAUACCCGCAGCGGAGGUCGUACAUCUGGAGGAGGUGUCGUUCGAGCGGCCGUUCAUGCUGCCCAAACCCGACGAAAAACAGCACUCUGAGCUGGUGAAGAUGCCCACCCUCUGUGUCACCGUCGAGAAGCAGCCGACCACCGAUACCGACGCUGCCAUGCCCCCCAUGGCCGUCGAGAUCUCCACACGGGCGCCAGGCGAGGAGGACUUUGUGCCGCAUGCCACCGCUCGUUUGGUCAAGGUCGCGGGUGCGGGGGACGGCGAGAGAGACCUGGUGGAGGACCUCACGGCCCUCAAACACCGGUGCAACAAGGUCGCCCCAGUUGCAGAGUUCUACACGCAGCUCAAGGAGAUCGGUUUGGCGUACGGUCCGAGGUUCCAGACGGUGAGGGAGCUGUUGGUGUCGGACGACCAGGCUCUGGCCCUGCUCAAGCUCGACCCGCCCAUCAAGCCAUUCGAGGGGGGCUUCCGGCUGCAUCCCGCCAUCCUAGAUGGUGCGCUGCAGUCAGCCGCUGCGGUACUCGCGGCCGAUCAGUCCGGCAAGGGGAAUACCAAGGC